AAGCCUGCACCGGGCCAGGCAAGAUGGCGGCCAUGGAGGCCGAGACGGUGCCUAUGACCCUGGAGUCGCUGCCCACGGAUCCACUGCUCCUCAUCUUAUCCUUCUUGGAUUACCGGGACCUAAUCAAUUGUUGCUAUGUCAGUCGGAGACUUAGCCAGCUAUCAAGUCAUGACCCACUGUGGAGAAGACAUUGCAAAAAAUACUGGCUGAUAUCCGAGGAAGAGAAAACACGGAAGAAUCAGUGUUGGAAAUCUCUCUUCAUAGAUACUUACUCUGAUGUAGGAAGAUACAUUGAUCAUUAUGCUGCUAUUAAAAAGGCCUGGGAUGAUCUCAAGAAAUAUUUGGAGCCCAGGUGUCCUCGGAUGGUCUUAUCCCUGAAAGAGGGUGCUCGCGAGGAAGACCUAGAUGCUGUGGAAGCACAGAUUGGUUGCAAGCUUCCUGAUGACUAUCGGUGCUCAUACCGUAUCCACAAUGGGCAGAAGUUAGUGGUUCCAGGGUUGUUGGGAAGUAUGGCUCUGUCUAAUCACUAUCGUUCUGAAGAUUUGUUAGACGUCGAUACAGCUGCCGGAGGAUUCCAGCAGAGACAGGGACUGAAAUACUGCCUCCCUUUAACUUUUUGCAUACAUACUGGUUUGAGUCAGUACAUAGCAGUGGAAGCUGCGGAGGGCCGAAACAAAAAUGAAGUUUUCUACCAAUGUCCAGAUCAAAUGGCUCGGAAUCCAGCUGCUAUUGACAUGUUUAUCAUAGGUGCUACUUUUACUGACUGGUUUACCUCUUAUGUCAACAAUGUUGUAUCAGGUGGCUUCCCUAUCAUCAGAGACCAAAUUUUCAGAUAUGUUCACGAUCCAGAGUGUGUGGCAACAACUGGGGAUAUUACUGUGUCAGUUUCCACAUCAUUUCUGCCAGAACUCAGUUCCGUACACCCACCCCACUAUUUCUUCACAUACCGAAUCAGGAUUGAAAUGUCAAAGGAUGCACUUCCUGAGAAAGCUUGUCAAUUGGACAGUCGCUACUGGAGAAUAACAAAUGCAAAGGGUGAUGUAGAAGAAGUUCAAGGACCUGGAGUAGUUGGUGAAUUUCCUAUCAUCAGCCCAGGGCGGGUAUAUGAGUACACCAGCUGUACCACAUUCUCUACAACAUCAGGAUAUAUGGAAGGAUAUUAUACCUUCCAUUUUCUUUACUUUAAAGACAAGAUCUUUAAUGUUGCCAUUCCCCGAUUCCAUAUGGCAUGUCCGACAUUCAGGGUGUCUAUAGCCCGAUUGGAAAUGGGUCCAGAUGAAUAUGAAGAGAUGGAAGAGGAAGAAGAAGAGGAGGAAGAAGAAGACGAUGAUGAUUCAGCUGACAUGGAUGAAUCCGAUGAAGACGAAGAGGAGGAGAGGAGGAGGAGAGUCUUUGACGUUCCCAUUCGCAGGCGCCGCUGCUCCCGCCUUUUUUAGCCCGCCUUCUGCUGGCGGAAGCACUGGAUGACUCUAGUCUGUUAAAUAGAUUUCUCAAUAAUGUAAAAUAACUAAAUUGUGCUUGGCAUAUAGCAGGAAACUAGCAUGAAAUAUUGUUCCAGGCCCUGGGCUCUGGGUGACCCUACCUUAGGAACUGGCUUGUUUGGGUUUGCAUUGUGAUUUUGAGGUAGAAGAGGAGUUGGGAAUUUUCUUUUCCAGGAGUCGGUGAAGGAACAGGCAGUUUCUGUUUCUAGCUAAGGAACAGAUAGUUCUCUGUUUUAAAAUAUUUUCUACUUACAAAAAUAUAGAAAUGGAGAGGGAAUCGUUUUGAAAUAAGGAUUUAAAAUGUAGCAGAACUACCUUCUCAAGGAUAGAGAGAAACUAUGUGACUGAAUGAUUCUGUGAAAAGACUUCUUACAGUUGUGAAAUAUUUAGAAAUGAAAAAAAUUUGUAAUUAGACUAAUCCAUUUAGUGAUUCCUAAUAUUUUGUACUUAUGGGGAACUAAUUGACUCAAUAACUUGAAUGCUAAUGGUUUGUCCUUUCUUAGACAAUCUAUCCUUGAAUUUAAAGUCUUUAUCACUAAGACCUUGAAUUUAAAGCUUUCAUAAUUAUAACCCUGAAUUUAAUUUAAAGUCCUCAACAUGAUGACUUUGAAUUUAAGUUAAAUUCCUUACACUAUGACCUUUAUCUUAUUAUUUACAGAGGUAUCACUUGGAAAUGUAGUGUGUGAAAGUAUGUAGCGUGUUCUUACCAAAAGUUUCUUCACAAUGUCUCAUGUUGUCUAAAUUUGUAAAUACUGCUUCUGUUUAGUUUCUCCUUUAUACACUUGAUCGUCUAACUUUGUGAUAAGUGACAUGAAUUUUUUGUUAGGAUUAAGGAUGUUUUCCUGAAACAUGGAUUUUUUUUUGUAAUUAUAUAAUGGAGAGUUUGGAAUGAAAUCCUUAAGUGUCAAAAACUCAUCUUUUAAAAACAAAGUUUGGUUGCAAUCCUGUAUUUGUGUAAUUGCCUAUUUCCCAUAAAUUAAUGUUAAUAAGCCUUUGCUCUUAAGAUGGAAUGUGGCAUUGAUACUCAUUGGCCUGCAGGCCCAUUUCAGAGUCACCUCCUGGCUUUGACUGUAUACUAUUUUGUGCUCCACCUUCCAUUUUCCCCAAGAAGGGAUCUUUUGUAGAGAAAAUAGUAGGAAGAGGGAGUAGUGUGCAGGGCCAGGCAGCGGUAAUCAGGGGCCAUGAAGAUAAACUUCCCCUGUCCUAUUGACUCCUGGCAAAAGGUUCUGAGAUAGAGCCAGCCGUUUGUCUGCUUAUUUUUCACAUUAUAGUCGUACACUGCAUAAUGAUGUUUCGGUCAACAGUUCACAUAUACAGUGGUGGGAGCCGCAGCCUCGUACAUCUUGUGUUUACCACAUCGGGAAUGCAGCAUUCUCAUAUGCUUGAUUUAAUCUCAUGCUAUUUUUUGUUCAUCAUGGCCUCUAAGCAAACAAAAUCCACCGCUGACAUUGCCAGUUAGAGGCUAUGGCAAGUGAUCGACCUGCAGAUGGAAAGUCAUUAAGGACUGUGGAGAUGGGACAUGAGGGCCGGUUGUUGCUCACCAGCCAGCCAGCCCACCAUAGUGACCAUCUUGGAAAACAAGAACAAAGUGCUGGAAGCUGUUAGAGGACUGAUCCGCUUCACUGAAACCAACCGGACUAGCAAAAAUUCAAGACAGGUCUAUAUUAGGUAUAGAGAAACUUCUAAUGACCUGGAUUGAAGACCAGGGACAAGUUCAUCAUUAUGAUGAUCACAACCAAAAAAAAAAAAAAAAAAGUUUGUUUGCAGUGUUGAAAGGAAAGGCUCAACCUAACCAGUUGAAUUUGUUGCUGGUGCUGGGUGGUUUAAAUGAUUGAAGGAUUGUUAUUGAUUACAUAAUGUGAAGGUGGUGGGUCUGUAAGUAUGAUGUGAAGUUACCUGAAGAACUUUUAGAAACUAGAGAAGCUGACUGUGGAGGGAAAUUAUUUGCUAGGGCAAAUCCUCAUUUCCCUCUAGAUUAGUAUAAAGACUAUACUAUUUUUUUCCUGUGAUGGUUGCCAAGUGAGAUCACCUGACAAUACAGUCACCUAAUGACACAUUCCUCAAAACAUCCCCAUUACUGACAUGACUGUACGAUCAGGCUACCAAGUCCUUCUCUUAUGUCUCUUUUUAAGAAGGUAAACCCGUAUUUAUUUACUAGUACUCUUAAAACAUUACCCAAAACACAUUCAAGUGGCAAGUAAUUAUAAUGCAAGCCCUUGCGUGGCAAUCCAAAUUUAUUGAACUACUGAUGCUAGGUUAUACAAAAUCACACUACUUUAAGGUUUUUAAUUUACCUUUGGCCAUCUGAAAGUAGUUGUAACAUUAGGUUGGUCGAUUUAAAUAGUGUGGCUCCCUGUUGGAUAGACACACAAUCUUUAUACCCAGACGUUAAUGUAUACGAAGCAACAAGGCAUUGUUAAAUAAAACAGCAAUAUUUACUGCAAAUUAGACCUUACGACCAAUUUACACGACUAAACUCACUUCCCACAUUCACAUCCACAGUUUUCAUCCACCAUCUAACAUCUCAACCAAAACGUUACACAUGUGAAACAAUCACCAACAGGCAAAAAUACUAAACCUAUAUAUUUGGUAUUGCAAAUACACUUAUGCAGAAGCAAGCAAAGGAUUCGUGGUGAGACUGUAGCUGCAGAAGCCUGAAAAUCAUUUACAAAAGUUGUUAAAUCAUUAAAAAAUUGUUUGAAAACACACACUUCUUGUAGACCCCAACUGUACACUGACUACAAACAUUGUUCUGAAAGGACUGUAUUUUAAAGAUAAGAUCGCUGCCUCCACAAGUUUUUGAAAAUUUUUAAAAAAUUACAUAGCUGUGUUAAAGCGCUUAUUUUGUACAAUAUAAUAAUGACAUUGGAUUUUAAGAAAUGACAAUAAGUUACAAGUAUCAAAGAAGCAAAGUUAUCUGGAGUAGUCUAUGUAGGAGCUCUUUGGACUUUCUUUUAUUAUGCUUAAAUAGUGGUGCUUUCAGGAUUUACAUUAUGUACUCUCCAAAGUAUGGAGUGUGUUAAAGUGUACAGUACACCAUUUUCAUACAUAUACAAUGUUGGUGGAUGAAGAAUGUCUCUUAGUAAUACUGGACGUAGCCUCUGGUUUCACCAGCUGCAUACUCUUAUUAUAUAAGUAAAAAUCUCUCUUGUGCUACUGAAAAGUGAUUAGACUGUGCAAACUUAAAGUAGCUUUCAUUUGCCUCUUAAAGGGUAUCACCACAGGAAAGUCCAUGUAAGAUGUUGGUAGGUUUAACAAAGUUGAAAUGCUGGCAUUCAGUUCCUCAGUCCUGGCUCAGAGCUACGAUGUAUUUAGUAUAUUAAAGUGGUGACACGAUGACUUUCUGUAGGCCUUCCCAGGCAUUGGAGUUUUUGUUAAUUUGCUGCACUAGGUCAUAAAAGACCUCAUUAACAUUUAUUUUUAUUUUGCAGGAGAUUCUAUGUGCACAGUUAUUUCACUGACUUGCUAGAUUUUAACCUUGUUCUUUUCCUACAAUUCUUCCAUCUUCCAAGAAUCUUGGGAACAUCAUCAGUGUCUUUAACUCAAAGAAUUUGUUCUCUUUGAUCUUCUAAAUCAUUAAAGGUGGAUGGGCUGUGAUAGAAUAAAUGAAUGCAAAGCCUUGUCCAUU